AUGGAGAAGUUCUACCGAGGGUUGGAUCCUAUAACACAGUCAAUUGUGAACAACGCAUCUGAUGGAGAAGCAGGAUACUCAGCAGACAUUGGCCAACUUGCAGCGAAUAUUUCUUUGCUGAUAAAUAAGUUUGAUGAGAACCAGGCCAAGAAGGUAAAUGUUUUCGAAGACACUUCUGGGAACUACAACAACAACAACAAUAACUUUGGAAAUAGAAGUUCCAAUCCCAACAUUCCACCAAAAGGGCAGUCAAACGAUCAAGGUAGUUUGCGGGUUGAGGCGAUGCUUGAGAAGGUUCUGGAAAAUCAAACCAAGUUUGAAAAGACAUUAUCUUGGCUAACGGAAAUAGUGCGAUCUCAUACAGUGGCUAUUCAAAAUCUCAAUUCGAAGAUGCGCGAUAUUUUCAGAGAGCAGCACCCUCCUAAAAUGGAACGACUUUCUAGUGAUACUAUUCUGAAUCCGAAGAAUGGGGGAGGCAGUGUAGACCAUGUGUUUGCUAUCAGUACUCGGAGUGGUAAAAUACUCCAAAGUGCUAAAAAGAAGAUUGUUGAUCUCGAUCCAAUUAAUGAAGUGGAAGAGGUGCAGUCUAAUACACCAAUUAUUGUUGAUGAGGUUCCUAGUGAAGAGAAAGUUGUUGAUAUUCCGUUGGUGAAGAACAAGGAAGAUGCUAAGUUCGAGAAAUUUUAUGAUCAGUUGAAGCAGUUAUCUCUGAACUUUCCAUUCUUGGAUGAUGUCAAGGAGAUGCCCGAUUUUGCUAAGUACUUGAAAGACCUGUUGACAAAGAAGAAGAUGGUGCAAUAUGAAACAGUGAGUUUAACUCACACUGUGAGUUCCAUUAUUUCAACAACUAAUGUCCAGAAAAAGGGAGAUCCUAGGGCAUUCACCAUUCCUUGUUCUGUUGGAUACUAUGAUUUUGCUCGUGCUCUGUGUGAUAAUGGGGCGAGUAUAAAUUUGAUGCCACUUGCUAUCUACAAGAAAUCAGGUUUGGGGAUGCCAAGGCCGACUACUAUGAGAUUACAGAUGGCUGAUAGAUCUAUUAAGCGGCCAGUUGGCGUGGUUGAUGAUUUUCUUGUGCGGGUUGGUAAAUUUAUGUUCCCUGUUGAUUUUUUCAUUCUUGACUAUGUUGUUGAUUGGGAUAUUCCUAUUAUUCUGGAGAGACCUUUUCUUGAUACGAGAAGAGAACUUAUGGAUUUGAAAAAGAAUGAAUUCCGGUACCGGGACUACGAGAAGAGCUCUUAUGAAUUUCGGUACCAGGCCUACGAGAGUGCAGCAUUGUACAAGGAGAGGAUGAAACACUAUCACAACAAGAAGAUCAUAAAACGAGAAUUCUACAAGGGUUAUCCUGUCCUUCUGUAUAAUUCUAGAUUGAAGCUGCUACCGAGCAUGUUGAAAUAA